CCGGGAGCCCAUUUCAAGACCGAGUUUAUGCCCAACAAACUUACAGCGCGAGUUUCAGUUUGUAACGUGCCACAGUAACCAACAGUAACGCCAAUCGAAAAUAAAAAAAAAUAUAUAUAUAUAUAUAUCGGGAUUAAUGUGCCGCUCCCUAACGAGAGCAAAAAAAAAAUCAAUAGCGGUAAUAAAAAGCGCGGGAAUAGUGGGUGGAGUAUAUAUUCAAAGUUAAUAGUGAACUUGACGCAAUUCUCCGAUUUGACGGUUAGCAGAAUUAAAUAUAUCUCUGGGGCUGGAGAGUUGGUUGACGUUGAGUUGUAUUGCUAGAGGGUGGAGAUAAAUAAAUCCGUGUGACAGUUGAAAUUUGAAAUUGAACCGUUGCUCAGGCGCCGGUGGAGGGCUUCCGGGAGGAGAAAGAGCGGUCGUUGCACUUCCGGAUCGAUCGGAAAUCUAUAAGUCUAAGAAAAUUUCUUCAUCGCAGAAAAAGCACCAAAAGCUAGAGAAUUUGGGGUCGGCAUAGCCCGGUGAUAUGAAGAAUACUCAAACUAAUGGAUACGCGGAAGUGAAUGGUAAAAAUGCCGUCAAAGAAAAGGGACAGAAUGAGCAUGAGGAGGUGGACGCUGUCCAGGAGGCAAUGGGAGCCCUCGGGAAAUGGCAAAUCCUCAUUUGCCUGGCGAUCUCUCUGGUGAAAUUUCCAGUGGCCUGGCAUCAGCUGGCAAUAGUAUUCAUGGCACCAUUGAACCAGGGAUAUAAUUGCACGAGCCCACUGCGUACACUAACGAAGGACCAGUGUCUCGUUGAUCUCAAUGGUACUCGACUCCCGUGUGAUAAGUGGAAUUUCGAGAGAACAAUCUUCCCCGAGACCAUAAUAUCACAGUGGAGUUUGGUGUGCGGUAGAUCACACUAUGCUAAUAUACUCCAGUCGAUACUCAUGUUUGGAAUUUUACUGGGGAAUAUCACAUUCGGAAGUUUGGCAGAUCGAUUUGGCCGUAAGAUUCCGUUGAUGAUAUCCGUACUUCUGCAAUUGGCAUCAGGAAUUGGUUGUGCUAUUGUUCCGUGGUUUCCCGCUCUCCUAAUUCUCAAAUUACUGUCCGCGAUGGCAACAGGAGGAACCAUGGUCACGAGUUAUGUUAUUUGUAUGGAAAUGGUCGGCACUCAGUGGCGAGCUGCAAUCACAGUCCUUUAUCAGAUUCCAUAUAGUUUAGGUCACAUGUCAUUAGCAGGAAUAGCCUUCUACUUUCGUCACUGGCAGCAUCUCCAAUUAGCAAUCACUCUGCCAUCGAUUAUUCUUCUGGGAUAUUGGUGGGUUGUUCCAGAGUCACCCAGGUGGCUUCUAGCUGUUGGCAAACAACAGGCUGCAUGUAAAAUUCUCAGGAAAGCUGCUAGAGUUAAUAAAACCGAGGACAAGGACAUUCCGGAGAUGGUCCGAAAACACUGUCUGCAUCAAAAUUCGAGGAAGACAGCCUCUGAUCAUGGAGCAUCGAUCCUAGAUCUCUUCAGAACCCCCAACAUGAGGAUAAAAUCCCUAGCGAUAUUCUUCAACUGGACCGUUUGUGGAAUGGGAUUGUUCGGUAUGACUCAGUACAUUGGGCAAGUGGGUGGUGAUAUUUUUCUGAAUUUCGCUGUGUCUGGAGCGACUCAGAUACCUGGAAACUUCGUUGCUUGGUGGGCAAUGAAUAAACUCGGCAGGAAGAUAACUCUUAUCGUCAGCAAUACUGUAGCUGGCCUAGCAGCCCUUCUCUUGAUCACAGCACCACAGAAUGCAGCUUGGCUGAGGUUAAUUUUCGCUUGUUUCGGAAUUGUUGGCAUGUCAGUCUCAUUCACGACAGUCUAUUUGUUCUCCGGCGAGCUCUUCCCAACAGUCGUAAGAAAUAUCGGCGUUGGUACAAGCAGCAUGUGCGCUAGAAUUGGAUCAAUGGUGGCGCCAUUUAUAGUUUCACUGAAUUUUGUGCCUUGGCUGCCGCCUGUGCUUUUCGGCAUAUUUCCACUUGUUGGUGCCGCUCUUGCAUUGAUAUUACCGGAAACCAAUGGAUGCACUUUGCCAGAGACACUUCAGGAUGGCGAGGACUUCGGAAAGAAAAUUAAGAAAAUCAAGAAAACUCAGAAAGACAUUGAGGCUGAAGCUACACUUUGAUUAGUUAGCCAUACGAAACCCAAUCAAUCAUUCCACAUUUUUUAUUUAUUAAUUAUUUUUUCCGAGAUUCUAGCCGAACUACAAACACUUAGAAGAAUUAUAGUUUUAUAGAAAUGAACAAGUGUUUUACGAGAUUGUGAAAGGAUUGGGUGUAGGCUCUACGCAAAAUUGAAGAUCCAAAUCUUCUAUUUAUUUUCCAGAUUUAAAAUCUCCUCGAGACUGAGGGAAAUAUUUCUGAUAGUUCAGAAAAUAUAUGAGCCAAUAUAUUUUAUAAUUCGAGCUCACUUAAUUUCGAAUUGAAGGUUUUUACUGGUGAACGUCAUUUGUUAAAUGAAAAAUUACACACAUCGAUGUUUUAUAGUGAACAUGUAUUUUUGUAUGACUAUUAUUGCCUCAUGAGUACACCAACACUUUUGUAUUUCACAAUAUGUGUUCUCGAUGUAAAUAGAUGAAUUAUUUUGUAAUA